GCAUGGUGUCUAUGACUACAGGAUCGUUUAUUUCUGCAGCUAAUAUCAAUACAGGUGUUAAUCAACUUAGUAUAUGGCUUACUAGUCAAGCUAUUAAUGUACCAGCUGGUUGGAUUGAUGCCUGUGUUGCUUGGCUUGCAGAAGAGCAUGGUGGUAUUGAUGCAUGCGGUCAUUUAACAAAGUCUGAUUGGUGUCAACUAAUCUAUGAACAAUGGCUUCAUUCUGAUUUGAAACAAUUGGCGUGUCCUGUCCUUCCGUCAACUGUACCUACUGGAAACAACAAUCGCAGUGAUUAUUUAAGAAGUAGUAAUAGCAGUAGUAAUACAAAUGAUACUGGCUCACAUGCACUUAAAUUAGAUGGUGAACUAUGCCUUCAGGUUGUCAAUCUAUUUAACAUUGGUGAAUCAUUCUAUGGUCAAUUGAGACGAUAUGAGGGUAAUUUAAGUGUUAAUCUGCCACCAUUGGAAGUGGAUGGCGAUGAAAAUCCUGAUGGUAAUGCUACUCAAAUGACACAGGCUGUUAGUCAAUAUCUUAAUCAAAGUACUACUCAAACAAAUAAUACUCGUCAGUCAACAGUGGCCAGUUGUGUCACUUUAAUUUUAACUGAUGGAGUUCAUGAGAUUAAAGCAAUUGAAUUUGGUAGUCGAUCAUCACUAGGAUCUCGAUCUUCUGCACUAUCUUUCAAUGAAUUAUCACAAAAGUUUCGACCUGGUGUAAAAAUUCGUCUACGUGGACCAUUACUUCUACGUAACAAUGUUCUUCUAGUUCCUCCUGGUGCUAUACAAUCAUUAUCUAGUCGUCAGCUAGAAGUUUUAGGCGGAGAGGUAGAUGAACUUUUAGAAAAGUAUGAAGAGAAUACAAUGAAUGAACUUGGUAAACUAUUAGCUAAUAAAUUAAAUAUACCAUUGAAUGAGGGCAGCAGUCUUCCGUCAUGGUUUCCUCGUAUAACACCACAAGUUCAUGAUCCUAUUGACGGUUCUUUAUCUACACAAGAUUUGAAUAUCAAUGAUCAGCCUAAUCAUAUGUCAAAUAUUCAGAGAACGCAUCAAGAUCCUAACAGUAUUACUACUACUACUACUAUUAAUAAUAAUAAUACUGUUCAGAAUAGAGAUCCACUUAGUUCGAAUCGAUUCGCAUCAACUGUAGUAAUGCCGAACUCUCCAGAAUUAUGGGAUGAUGAGACAUUUGAUGAUGCAAUAUUAAGUCAUGCUGCACAAUCUUUGGAAAAACAGCUGAAUAAUAGCCGAAGUGGCAUACCAACCUCACGAUGUCAGUCUAUUCCCUCCUAUAAUGAUCCACUUCGACUACCAAAUUUUAUGGCUGAACAACUACAAACCCAGUCAAGUCAAUCAGAGAUGAGUAGUAAUGAAGAUAGUUUAUGUACAAAAAGAAUUGGUGAUGAUCUGGAUGAGGAUGGUGAUGAUGAUCAUGAUCCGUUUUUAGACGAUCAAGUGGAUCCAGAUAUUUUAGCCUCAGCAUUAGCUGAUAUAGACGAUCAUAAACCUGUGAAAGAUCCGAUAGUUCAACAGCCAAUAGUAAAUGUUGUGAAAUCGUUCCAUUCUGCGAUAAAAGUAUCCCCAACACCACUGCCAACUGUAGCUACCGCUUCUUCUUCUUUUUCGUCGUCGUCGUCGUCAUCUUUAUCCUUAACGGCAAACAGCUUCACAUCCAAUCAACCUUUAAAAGUACAGUCAGAAUCAAAACAAACUUUGAAACAAACACUUUUAAAUUUAUACACACGUAAUGAAGUAUUGACAAAAAGGGGGGAUAUGGAUGCCCCUUCUUCCUUCUCUUCCUCUUCCUCUUCUUUGCCUAAAAUCCAAUUGGCCAAACCUUCACCAGUGGAAUCUGCAAAAUUAGCAAUUAUAAAACCUAAUACUGAUAUUGAUGAUAGCGAAGAUCUUUUGCCUCCAGCGCCUAAACGUAAGCCAAUUGAAUUGAAACAAAACACUUCCUCGGUUAAUGUUGUUAGUGCUAGUAAAAGUAAUUUGAAAGAUAUCAUCCUACGGCCAACUGUUUCUUCAUCUGGUUUGUCAACGAUGUUAAAGACAGAUGAAGAAAAAUGGAAAACACUUUCUAGUAAAAAUAAUAAUGAUAACAACAACAAAAGCAGUAAUGAUGUUAGUUAUAAAACUCAAACAGCUAUUUGUCAGCCUAUCACAAUUUCAUCACAAACUGAUUAUCGAUUUCAACCAUUUUGUUACAUUCAAGAUAUGUAUCAUGAUCUAUUACAAAAUAAUGUGAAUAAUGGAAAUUUGAACAGAAUAUCUUCUGUAUAUAGAAUUCGUGGUUUAUUAAUAAGUUUACUGUCAUCAUUAGAACAUCAUCAUGGUACUAAAUGGACAUUAGCUGUACGCAUUACAGAUGGCAGUGCAAUUGUUGACUUAGAUGUAUCAUCUGAAUUAUUAACUGAAUGGAUUGGUUUAUCACCACAAGAAAGUGAAUCACUGAGACAAAUGAGUCGUUUAGAUCCAAAUUCUUCUAGUUCAUUUACUGUUCAAGAGGCACAAAAACAUCGUCAACGUUUGCGUACAGCGCUAACAAAUUUUCAAGGCUUUUUAUCACAUUUAGGCGGUUUAUUCACUAUUACUGCACAACAGUCGUCGACAUCAGACGAUUCUAAUAAAGCAACAACGCUAUCUGACACAGUUGACAAGAAUUGUAGUACUUCAGUUAGACAGUCUAGUGAUGAUAAUAACACGACAGCUGACAAAGCUGUCCGACCACUUUUGAUUGGUUACAGUGAAUUGGAUCAUUGUUGGUUGAGAGAAUUACAGAAUCGAGUUUAUACGUGUUAUAGUGAUAAAAAAUUCAUUCAAAAGUUAAAAAAUGUGUUUCAUUAAAUUUGUAAUUAACUUUUUAACUAUUUUGUUUGUUUAUUUCCGAAUACACUUGUUUCUUGUUGAAAAAAGAUUUAAAAUAAAUUAUUUGUAUAUAUA